GAAAGGUUUUGUACUAGGAUAUUUUAUCGUUCUGUUUGAAUGUGUGUGAGGUUUGUGCAUCAAGAACUCCUUAUGACCACGGUAUCAUAAUCUUAUCCUCAUAUUAGUUCCUUGACACAAGGCAGAUACAUUUUGGUGAAAUGUGAAAAAUGGCCAGAUGUCUGGAUUUACUGAUUGCCUAGUGUGGAAAGUAACAUUAAGAGUGAAUCAAGGAAAUUGGGAAAGCCCAUCUUAUUUAUGGCCUUUGUCUUCCCUCAAGAUCAAGUAAAGCCACGCGUUAUACAUUUUGCCCAAUACACUUUCUUCUGAUUUGGGUGAGAUUGACCAGACGAUCGUAUCGUCCUUCUCUCUUAUACCAAUACGUAAAUACAUACACACACACAUCAAGAUCUCUCCGGUUGGUCAAGUCAUAAAACAUCCAUUGCGGGCACUCUGCCCGAGACGCCACAGGGGAUCAACGGCUCCAGAUUCUGGGAUAAACAUCUGCAGGAUCGAAAAUCGAAAUUGAAGACGAGCAAGGACAACCAACAACCAAGAAGAAUUCCGCAAAAUUUUAUCCACAAGACUCAUUCCGCUCGAUGUGCUACUAAUCAUUGGGGAUUGGUUAUUAAGUAACUAGUUGUUGGUGCACUACAUAAUUUCAUUAAAAAAUCAACGGUUAAUAAUUUCUUUAAAAAGUCGAAGAAAGUGAAAACUUCAAAUGAGGAAGACUCAGGGAAGGGUAUGAUGGGAGCAGAGCCCCUUGAAGUCACCAACCCUCAUCAAUCCAGCACUACGGAACAUCAACAUCAACAAACUUCACUUAUUGCUCCGUCGACGCUCGAAGACGGUUGUUGGGACUCAGGUAGCUCCAACUCGAAGCACAGUCUAAGUCAACAGCACCACUUUCAACUGAACGGAGGUGGUCAAGGUGGGAGUCAGAGUCAAGGAUCUUCUACAUCUUCCUCGUCAGGAGUAGGCGCUAACAAAGGUGCUCGAAGAACACGACAUCGUGUCGACGCUGGAGAACCACGAGGCUGCUUCAAUUCUAACAAUUCCGGUUUUGGGUUCCAACCUAGAAAUAUUUUUACGUCGCCGCUAAGUCAGCACAAAUCUGUCGGAGGUGCAAGUCCACUUGUUGCUACGUCUCACAACAACAGCAACACGAAUAAUACCAAUAGUUUGAGCCCGUUCCACAUUCCCCAUCAUCAUCACCAUCAUCAUCCCAGCCCUCACUUUCUCCAUCAUCCAAAUUCCCCAUACUUUCCCCCCGGAUUUAACAAGGGUCUGAGCCAGGAGGGUCAAGACGCCUACUAUUUCCAACCCAUGAAGAUGCUCAGCGAAUAUAUCACUUCACAACAAGCAGCAGCCGCCGCAGCAGCCGCAGCCAUGGCCAGCAACGCCUCACAAAAUAGGGGUCAAAACGGUUCAGUCCCCGAUCAGCAACUCCUCUUGAGAGAAAUGUUGAGCAAAUCCUCCAGAAAUAAUAACAACAAUAAUAACAAUAAUGUGACCAAGUGUGGGUAUGAAGAGGAUGUCGUGAGCGUGGUGGAGCAGCAGAGCAGUGGUGGGAGUGAGAAUAAUAGACCGGAAGUUGAUCAAAAAGAAGAUUCAGAUUUGCGAGAUGAUGGAAAUAUUAGGAGCAGACCAGGUAGCAGUGGUGCUGCUGGAGAACCAGAUACAAAUGAACUUGCAGACAGUGAGGAUGACGAAGGUGCACUCCUCAACUCUGGAGCUAGGAAAUUAAAACCUGUGAAAUUGGAGACGUUGAUGGAGAACGGAGGCAGCAUUACGAAAGGCCACCCCAUUGUGAAUGGACAUCGUGGCGUGGAAGUUGGGAGUGGAAGUGCCAGCUCCUCGGUGACUAGUGGAAAUUCAGGGGUUGCCAGUGGUAUGAGAAUCAACGGGUGCAAUAAGAGAAAGCUGUUUUUUCCAAUGAAAGCAUCCCAGAAUGAGGACAGUGUCCCCCAGUUUCAACCUCAGCAGAGGAACUUUGACGAGGUGGAUGAAGAAGACGAAUUGGAGGACGAAGAAUACGACGCAAAUGUGCUGGCCGGAGCUGCCACAGCGCUCGGGCGAUCAAAGAGAUUGAAGGAAUCUGGAUCACGGUCAUCGCCAACUUUGGGGCGAGAGUCCGAUCCACUUCCCCCAACUGCUCGGAGUGACCUUCUCCUAGCCCAAGAAGAGGAGGAAGAGGAGGAGAUGCGCAUGAUGAUGAAAAGUGAUCAGCACGAGUAUGACGACAUUCCUGAGGAUGACCAAUUUGAUGAUGACGAGGAUUUGGUCACAUCCAACAGAACUACGCCAAACAUCCCUGCAGGGAAAGAUACGGGGAUGAACUUGUCAAAUGCUGCCCCAUUAACCAGGCAACUGCUAACAGAAAGGAGCGGAAACAAAGAACAUGGAAAGUCGUCUUCCCCUAAUUCAAUGUCAAUCUUGAGGACAACCUCAUCCCCAAAGAUAAUGAUGAACAAUGGGAUGAAUUUGGCCAACAACAUGAGGCGUCGUGAACCCAAUAGCGCAGAAAUGUUUGUAGAUCUCCCGUUCGGUGCUGGCGUUGGGCCGAACCCGGCAGCUUACUUUUAUCAGUGGAAGGAAAAUUUCAAGUCUACUCUUAUCACACACAUUAAUGAAUUGGUGGACACUCAGUUCUCGCUCCUCUUUCCUGCUGGACAACAAGGGCAUCAGUCAUCUGGGGCUAGCAAUAAUAUCCAGGGUGGUAGAAACACAAUGCCCAACAUGCCCAAUAAUAUCCCUCCCCCUCAAAAUCAUCACCAACAUCCAAGAGAGUCGCCAAGGCUUGAAAAAUUGGAGAAAAUUCCUCUUCAGCAGAAGAACCCCGUAAGUCUCCUGCUUAAUGGGGGCACCGUUUGCAAUAACAGAGAGCGAGAACGCGAAAUGCUGAGCCCACCUCCAGAAAAAAUGACGAGACUUGAUCGGAACUCCAACUUUCCUUCCCGAUUUCCUUUCCAAGUUGCAGGAAAUAUACCUCGAGAACGAGACUCCCACAUGAAUAAUAAUAAUAACAACAACAACAAUAAUAAUAAUAAUGGAAAUAAUAACAACAACAAGCUCACUCUUGGACAAUUGCAGCAACAGCAUCAACACCAGCAGAAUUUCUCUACUGCCCUUAUGGGACUUAAUGCUCAAAUGCAGCAACAUCAAGCCAUUGCAGCCGCUGCAGCGGCUGCAGCAGGUCUAAAUUCAGAUAUGUUUGAAAAUGAUGCUCCGAUUAGUCUUGUUGUAAACCGAGAUCAGCUAACUCCAAGAAAAAGGCGUCAUAAGGUGACAGAUACCCGCCUCACACCUCGAGCGGUGUCUCGACUUCUCGGACAAGUUGACAGCUAUGGAGGAGAUCUUUCUCCACAACGUGGGGAAGGAAGAACACCACCUCCUUCAAUGUCAAACCCUUCGAGAGAUGGAGGUCAACCCAGUCUCCCAACUUCCGUGGCUAUUGCCAAUCCCAGUUUGUCUGAAUCUGCGAGAUUAUUCACUCCUUACGCACAUCCGCUUUUUGGGCAUCAUCCACCCCCUGGAAAUCACCACCGGUUAGGAUCAUCACCCCCAAUUGGGAUUCACCCAGCACUACUUGCAAACCCGGCCGACUAUGUGCAGCAAUUAAGGGCAGAGAUGCAAGAACAAAGAAAUGGGGAACUGAGCCUCCUUCGUGAGCGAGAAUCCGGUCGAAGUGAACAUGUCAGAGCGGUGCGGGACAAUGGCAGUUUGAUGACCGUUGGAGGAAAUGAACGCGGAGGCAACGGAGUCAGACCCAGUUCUGUUGGUUCGGAUUCCGGGGAAACAAAUUCCUUUGGUGGGGAUUUACCAGGAAGUAUUUACUCUGUUGGAACCAGCCACGGAUCCUCUUCCACAUUGACACCGAUGCAUUUGCGAAAGGCAAAAUUAAUGUUCUUUUGGGUGCGCUAUCCGUCAUCCUCCGUGAUCAAGAUGUACUUUCCUGAUAUCAAGUUCAACAAAAAUAAUACUGCCCAACUUGUCAAAUGGUUCUCUAAUUUUAGGGAGUUUUACUACAUCCAAAUGGAAAAAUACGCCCGUCAAGCACUAAGCGAAGGCAUAAAGAACGCUGAGGAACUCCAUGUCACGGUUGACAACGAGCUGUACCGCGUCCUCAACCUUCACUACAAUCGCAAUAACCAUAUCGAGGUCCCAAGCAACUUUCGAUACGUCGUUGAGCAAACCCUUCGCGAAUUCUUCAAAGCCAUCCAGCAAGGCAAGGACCAAGAGCAAUCCUGGAAAAAGGCCAUUUACAAACAGAUUAUUGCUCGAAUGGACGACCCCGUGCCGGAAUACUUCAAGUCUCCGAAUUUCCUUGAACAGCUUGAAUGAUUGACAAAGACCUUGACCCCACCACAACAUCAGUCAGGGGUCAACAUCUCCAGCGAUCAGACUCCAAGCCCUCCGCCUUCAGGGACACCUUUAUCGUCAUUCCCUUAUCCCCUCUUGCUGCAUCAUCCGCAUCCUCGCCUGGGAAGUCCACUAGGCUUCCCUCCGCCCUCACUCCCCCCUUCGUUUUUAACCCCCACAGGAUGUCACAGUCAUCCAGGGGGUGGUUCUAUCCACUUUGGUCCACGUAUCAGACCCUUAUUCCCGUUCAUGAAAUUUGACCUUUGUCCUCCUAUUCAUCCACCUCCUCCGCUUGGUGGUAGUAGGAUGGUUGGUAUUGGAUCUCCAAGUAUCAUGAGCAUCAAUAGUCAGCCAAUAAUUAGGACGAGCAAUGAUAGAAAGAGUAGCACUGGUAAUUCAAGCAGUAAUUUUAAUAAUACGGCCGGUGGUCAAUGUUACAUGUCUCCACCUUGGCGCUAACUAACUAUACAUAUUACGUACGUAUCUUAAAAUGGAUCAUUAAAUAGUUGCUUAACUGCCAGGGUCAUAAGAAUUUAGAGAUUUUAUUUAAUAGUCCUUUGGGUAAUGCAGUGCAAUGCAAUUUUAAUUUAUCCAAGACAUGUGUUAGACAUUUGUUUGUUUGUAAAUACAUGCAUACAAUAUUGUAGGAGACCAAGUUCAAAUGAGAAUUUCGAAAAGUUUUUUAAUGAAACGACAAAUUAACUUAUUCGUAUUCUGUUAAUGUCUUAAUAGAUUUUAGUGCCUUUAACACCCACUCCUCCGCUGAUUGAUUGUUACCAACAAAAUACAAAUAAAUAACUAGGUUCUUUCCGUUUAAAUGUAGAAAUGUGCAUUUUUAGUAUAAGCGUUAACAUUAAAAGAGGACAAAUGUACAUACAUAAUAAGUAUACAAAAGGAGAUAGAGUAACCUACAAAACAUACGCAAUGCAACCAAAAUGCAAAUAAUGCUAAAAGUUUGUUUUAUCUAAGUUUUCUUGUAUUUAUUUUUGCUUCAUGUAAAUUGAAAAGCUCACCGAUUUUUCAUCACCAUUUCAAAAAUUGUUAUCAACUAGUCUGCACCUUACACGAACUAGUCAAUAAGUCAAAAUAAUAUGCUAGCAAAUUUAUUGUAAAUUGAGUGAUUCGGUAUUUUUAACAAGCAAACUUGAUAUCGUACCAUAUUCAUAAUUUGCAAUUAUUUUAUCUGUAUAUACAUGAAGCAAUACUGUAUUUAUGCCGCAGGUAUUAUUACAUAUGUAUUAGUCUUAACUUAAUCACUCAAAAGUGAUUUAACGGUGACGGUGAUUUCGUUUUAUCCGGCUUGACAUGAGGAGAAGCUAUUUACAUAUUUAUUUUAUUCUACUGGUGAUUGAUUGCAUUUAUAAGUUUUGCACCAGUCACAACACAAAUUGUACAUUGCUAAAGUCUGUUAAAAAAGUUACCAAUUCACAGGUUUAGUUUAAACUAUUUAACCCUUAUUUAUUUAUCUGUUAGUAUUUAUUUCUGAAAGAAUAACCACAAAUUUUAAGUAUUGCACUGGUAUUAGCGGUAUAAAAAUAUGUAAUAUUAGUAAAGCAUUUCAUAUGGUUUUAAGUCAUUUUUAGCCUGUUCAAGUUUUACCAAUAAUAAUAUUUCGAAUGAAAUUUUUCAUACAAACAAUAAAGUAUUGAGGAGUAUGCAGAAGUGUAGAGAGACAGAUGACGAUGGUUCUCAAUGCAAUAUAGCAUUACCAAUUUUAGAAACCAAAUAGACGGCAGUAUUUGUUAAAUCUAGUGAAAUUGAUAUUAAGCUAAUUAUCAUUAUUAUUGUUGACUCAACACAUCUCUUAUCGAGUUCAAUUUGAUACAUAAAUAAAUAUAAAUAUGCAAAUA